GAAUAAUAUGUAUUGAAGUCUUAUUUGACGUUAUUGACGCGGCCCGUCACGGUCACACUAAUUGCAAAUUUGAGGAAUCAACAACAUGAAUAGCGAUCUCCGAACCAAGAUUGAGAACUGCGCCCGCACGGCCGAGGACUUUACGCGGCUCUACUACGCCUCCUUGGACAACCGCCGGCACCAAAUGGGACGCCUUUACAUUAACACCGCCGUAUUCAGCUGGAACGGAAACGGCGCCACCGGGCGCGAAAUGAUCGAGCGCUACUUCACCGAACUGCCGUCAUCCGCCCACCAAAUGACGAAUCUGGACGCCCAGCCCAUUAUGGAGGAGUGUGUGGGCGCGCAGCUGACCUAUGUAAUCCUGGCCAGCGGUACCGUCAAGUACGGCGAUCAGCCGAUGCGCAACUUCCAGCAGUCGUUUAUCGUGACAGCUGACGGGGACAAGUGGAAGAUCGUCUCCGACUGCUACCGCCUGCAGGAGGUGAUGGUGUAGUAGUCAAAUACUGCACAAACAGGACCAUUGUUAGAGUAAAAGUAAGGCUGUCCCACAUGUUGAUACUACCGAAUAUAUAUUAAUUACAUGGCUAAGUAACCUAAGUAA